UACCUAUCAAACAUACUUGAAUCUUUGGACAUUACAAUACCAGAUUAAUUCUUUGAAGUAUGUGACUUUUCAUAUCAUUUAUACAAAACGAUGCUCAUAUUGAGAUAAUUUUUUAAUAUCCUAAGGGGCUUGUACCUUAACUUUCUUCAAUUUUUCUAAAUUUGUCACAAGAAACAUCAAAAACUGUACGGCAAAAGAAAUACGGAAUUAAUCGGUAUUAUAACAAAAAAUACGAUCAUUAUCGGUUUUUGCUCAUCUCUAAGCCGAGUUUUGUUUGUGCUUCGUUAUGUUAAGUCGUGACGUGACGUGAUGAUGAGAAAACUGAAAAAUACCUACACAAAGAGUUUUGUUGAAUGCCACCAGCUGUUUUUGUUCUCAUUCUAGAUGUGAAAAUCAGUAUGGAUCUAAAUUGAAUAGUGUCAUUUCAUAUUGAUACUGUGACAUUUUCUGAACUAAAUGUGCUUAAAAUAUUCUGUGAAAUUGUACUUAGUGAGAAAAUAAUCGAUUUAAACCUAUUGAAAUUUCAUUGGUCAUAAAUGAACUGUUUUUUAACAUUAAAUUACGUCUUAAUUGUUACAUACGAUUUGUAUAAAUUCAGGUCACGAAGCGAAGAUUUCCUGUUUCGCGAACAAAUCCCUAUAAUAUAGCUAAGCAGUGAGUGUCAGUGUCGCGUAUCGACCGUGAGUGCAUCAAGUGUGACGGUGAUAUCGGUGCGAGCGUUUGAGAUGUGUUUGUGAGGUGUCGGGUGCGGUGCAGUGGAUGCGAAGGCAGCGUUGUAGCGCUCGCCCUGGCAUGGUGCCGGGAAGGUAGCGCGCGCGGGCGGCCUGCGCAGGCCCCACACAAGCACCCGCGUGUGUCCCCCAGCGUCGUCUAUGGCCGAGCAACACAUUACACCGUCGUCGCACUCUGCACUCACGAGAGAGUCCAGUGGGUCUUCUCCUAGCAGGGUGGUGGGCGGUCGGUGGUUGCGUCAGGUUCGUCAAGCGAAUCACAGUCGCAGAAAUAGACGUAACGUGACGUCGCCCCUGCCGCGCUCCACCAGCCGUAAUUCUUCCAGCCGCCGCAGCGACGCUGAGCGGCAGGCGCCCCUCGAGCUGCGAAGAAGCUCACGUCUCAUUAGUACUUUACCUAGAUCUGAUUACUCCAUCACUGAACGCUGGUCUUACGGCGCUGACGUAUACGAAACACGCUGUGACACUAUCAACUUCAAAGGUGGAGACAUCCAUAAGUCUUCCACGAACAUAUAUCCGAAACGCGGGCGAACUUCUUCGCAUGAAAGAAAGAAACGCAAGAGCUAUUCCACAUCGAAUAAUAGCACUGACGAUUGCGUCGCCUACUGCACACGCUCACGGACUGCUCUUAAAUCUACUGAGAGUGCUUGUGAGCUAUUACCGGACAGUUUAAAAACACAAACAUUGUCACACCUAAUUAACCAGAACGCCACAGUUACUUCAACUCAACAUUUGCAGUUGAAUCAGUCGGAAGGAGGCUUACUGCCGUUGGAGGAUAGAGACUUUGCUUACUCGCCAUUUAGUUCGUCGACUGUAACAGAACUUCUGGAUUCUGACUAUUCUGUAUACAGUCCUACAACCAGCCGAAGGAAAGGGAAGAAAAGAAAACGCUCAGCGCAUCGUUCUUUAUCUAAUAGGCGAAGCAAUUUCUUAAUAAAUUUCGAGGAGUGUACCAAGAAAUUUAAAAUUGAUUCUCAUAAUAAGGAGAUAGCAGAUACAAACAAGGAAUUUCCAGAAGACAAAGUAUUUGACUUUGAAACUGAGAAAUCAGAUCAGCCGUCAGCGUCCUUCACGUCGUGCACGUACCUGCUACGGAAUCGACACCACCGUGACCUCGGCCCUCCUACCUCGACUAUUAUUAGUGACCAUACAGAACACCCGUCAACGAGUGACGCGGUACAAAUCAGCACAACACCAGAGCACAAAAGCGGAGCAGAUAGCCGCGGAAGGACUGUUACUCCUCCGCUUUACAAGGAUAUUGAAGAAGCCAGCUCAUCAAAAGCGCAUAGUUCGGGCAGCAAACUUCUUAUAGUGCCGCGCGACCUUCCAUAUUUACGUCAAACUAACGCGCGGAGGAGUAUCGCUGCUGCAACGGGGGCGACCCUGGGAGCUUGCCUGACGAGAGGAGCCAGCACUUCUCAACGUCAGAGACAGGAUACUUCUUCAAAAAGACAUACGGGAGGCAGCGAGGGCGCGGGCAGUAGCGCGGCGGGCGGCCGGCGAGCGCGGACUCGCGACAUGCCGCAGCCGCAGCCGGCGUCCACGCGUCGAGAUAAACGAGGCAAAAGCAGUCUGGGUUCGUGUGCCAGUACUGGUGGUGCGUCCAGCCGGUCUCACCCCCAGCCUCUAACCACGGGUGCUGUAGCAUCCACUUCUUCCACACCGCCGGCUUCCGCUUCGGCCGCUUUAAUGCCUGACAACGCGUCAACUGACGCCAAACCAAAGGGCAAAGCGGAGGAGUGCGCCGGCGGCGGGAGCGGCGUGGGCGUGGGCGGGGCGGCGGGCGCGGGCGGGGGCGGCGCGGGCGCGGCGGGCGAGGAGUCGUCGUCGGAGGAGGGCGAGGUGGGGCGGCUGCAGGCGCUGCUGGAGGCGCGCGGCCUGCCGCCCCACCUGCUGGGCGCGCUCGGCCCGCGCAUGCAGCACCUCCUGCACAGGACCGUCACCGCCAACUCCGCUGCUUCUAAAGCUGCCCAGUUGUUAGCCGGGCUGCAAGCUACAGGUGAUGAAGGCCAGCAGCUUCAAGCGGUAAUAGAGAUGUGCCAACUGCUCGUAAUGGGAAAUGAAGACACCCUCGCCGGCUUUCCGGUCAGGCAGGUGGUUCCGGCACUUGUGAACUUGCUUGCAGCUGAACACAACUUUGAUAUGAUGAAUCACGCGUGCCGUGCUCUGACGUACAUGCUGGAGGCGCUGCCCCGCAGUAGCGGCGCGGUGGUGCUGGCGGUGCCGGCCUUCCUCGACAAGCUGCAGGCCAUCACCUGCAUGGACGUCGCCGAGCAGAGUCUAACAGCUCUUGACAUGCUCUCGCGGCGACACUCCAAGGCUAUACUGCAGGCGCGCGGUGUAUCGGCCUGUUUGACUUACUUGGACUUCUUUUCGAUCAACGCUCAACGCGCGGCGCUUUCUAUCACUGCAAAUUGCUGCCAAAACCUUACACCAGAUGAGUUCCAUCUUGUCCGAGACUCACUUCAGUUGCUUGCUAACAGACUCACACAACAAGACAAAAAGUCGGUGGAGUGCGUAUGCCUCGCGUUCUCUCGUCUAGUAGACAGCUUCCAGCAUGAUCCCGCACGACUGCAAGAAAUCGCCACACCGGAACUCCUUACCAAUUUACAACAACUUCUGGUGGUGCAGCCGCCUCUGAUCUCCGGGGCGACAUUCAUCACAGUGCUGCGGCUCCUGUGGGUGAUGUGCGCGGCGUGCCCGCAGCUGGCGCUCGCACUUCACCAGAGGUCUAUUGCUGAUACGCUGCUUUGUCUGCUCACCGGCUCCACGCUGCAACAGGAGCAAGUGGAACUGAUACCACGAUUGCCUCAAGAACUGUACGAGAUCACAUGCCUGAUCGGUGAGCUGAUGCCGCGUUUACCGACGGACGGCAUCUUCGCUGUAGACGCUCAUCUCGACCGGCCCUGGUCCGCCACAACGGACCGCGCUGCGCACUGGCAGUGGCGCGAUGAUAGAGGCGCGUGGCGAUCGUACUCGUGGGCGGAGAGCCGGGCGCUGGAGGCGGGCGUGGCGGCGGGCGAGGAGGAGGUGUGCCUGUCGACGCUGGGUCGCUCGUACACGGUGGACCUCACGGCCAUGCAGCAGCUCAACGACCACACCGGCACCGCGCGGCCCGUGCAGCGCCUCGCGCCCGCCCCCGCCGCCGCCCCCGCCGCCGCCGCGCACGACCACGCCGCCGCACCGCCCGCGCCCGCGCCCGCACCCGACCCACGCAUCGCCAUGGUCCGCUGCAAUCCACUGCUGGCGCGCGCCUUGCUGGCCGUUCUCCACGAGGUGUACUGGAGCUCGGCCGGGCCGGCCGUGCGCUCGCAGGCGCUCAAGGCUAUCUUACGCUGCGUCUACUACGCUGACGCACCGCUCCUGCGGCAAGUGCUCAAGAUGCAGGUUAUAUCGUCCCACAUCGCGGGCAUGAUGGCGUCGAGCGACUUGCGCAUCGUAGUGGGCUCGCUGCAGCUGGCAGAGAUCCUGAUGCAGCGGCUGCCCGAGGAGAUGAGCGCGCAGUUCCGGCGCGAAGGCGUGCUGCACCAGGUGGCGCUGCUGGCCGAGCGCGCGCCUGCUACGCCCGCCGCCGCCGCCGCCGCCGCCACCGCUUCCGCUUCCGCGGCCGCUUCCGCCGCCGCCGCGACCACAGCCGCAGUCCCUGCGCCCGCGCCCGCCCCGCGACAUGCUAAACUCAAGUCACCAAGCGCCACCAGCGUACGUUCCAGUGGCGGCUCUUCUCCGCCGGCAUCCACUUCAGCUACGUCUCUAGAUCACGCCAAUUUAUCUCUGGCUUUCUCUGCUUCUGGUUCAUUCGUCGCUAGCUCACUACCUACAGGUAGUGACUGCAGUGGCUCUGAACCUGGCCAACCUUCAUCAUCUACUCACCCACAAAACACUAGUGCUGCACAUAGGUCAAGCAGUCCACUGCAGCUGACAGAGAUGUUAAAGCGCAAGCGUGCCGUGAAGCGGUCGGGCGGCGCGGGCAGCAGACACGCGCGGCGCCGUGACGACGCGCCCGCGCACGCCGCGCACGCCGCGCACGCCGCGCCGCCGCACGCGCACCUCGCGCACGCCGCGCCGCACGCGCCGCACGCGCACGCGCAGCCAGCCUCGCACGCAUCCGGUGUCACGUCGGCGGGAAGAUCGACGUCACGGGUCGGCGGUGCAUCGAAAACGUCGUCGUUUUUGUCGUCGCUAAACCCGUCGCGGUGGGGACGCACGCCGCACGCGCACAAAGACACCGGCCUGCUCGCGUCGCCGCAUACGUCCGCCAAUCUCACAGUACAGAACAAAGAGAAGGUCCGCGAAUGGAUUCAGUGGACGGCGUCGCGGCUACAGCGCAAGUGGGGAGCUUUGAGUUCCGAGGGUGGUGUACUGCAGCAGUUGGCUGCGCUGGCCGCCGCGCUGCCGCAUGCUCAGCUGCAGCGUGCCGCACUAGAACAGCUCCGUGACACGUUGCUGCAACAUGACAUCUCGCCCUUCGAGGUAAAUCAUUCCGGGGUACUGGGCGCCCUGCUGCAGUUCCUGACGGGCGGCGAAUCGGAUCCAGAAACUACCAGCCAAGAUCAAGAUGGAGAGACUGAAAGUCAAGAUUCCGCAGAACUAGUUGCUGCCUGCGAGCAGCGCCUUAGACUCUUCCUACACGUCUUCGCCGAUAUGCCACUUGCUGCAGACGCGGAGUGGAGCGAGGAAGGCAUGGUGGUUGUGGGCGCGAUUAGUGGCAGUCCGCUGUCGGCGCUGGUGGCCAAGGUGAACGCGUGCGUCUCGCACCUCGAACAGUUCCCCGUUCGAGUGCACGACCUGCCCGCACGCCCGGCCACCUCCGCACUUAAGUUCUUCAACACGCACCAGCUCAUGUGUGAUCUCAAACGUCAUCCAACUUGUAGCAACUUGAAGCAAUGGAAAGGUGGUGUAGUACGGAUAGACCCUCUAGCAUUAGUGCAAGCCAUUGAGAGAUACUUGUCGCAGCGUGGGUACGCGACGGCCCGGGCGCGCGACUCUGCGGGCGCGGGCGCGCACUCCGACGACGACGGAGCCUCCGAAGACGACGUCGAGGACUCGCUCGCCACGCCGCCGCAUCACCACCCCGCAGAUUCUGAACACAAAUUAGAAUUCCUAAUUGGUGAUACGGUAUUACCAUAUAAUAUGACUGUGUACCAAGCUGUAAGACAGUUUGGCGAACAAACAGACGCCGAUACCGACACAGAGACGCCAUUGGCGAAUGCUGGAAUUUGGGUGCAAACUCACACAAUCUAUUACCGCGCUGUCGAGACACCCGAACAGCCCCGGACGGACGCGGCCGCUUCCAAGAAAGGCAAAGGGCAACCCACCAAGCUUACGUCCAGACGCAAACCGGAUCUAUUGUGGAAUGAGGGGAGCCCGCCGACGCGCGCGCCGCCGCUGGUGGGCAUGGUGCGCGCGGCGGCGGCGGCGGGCGGCGAGCUGCGGGACGCGGCGCUGCCGGCGCUGGGCGUGCUGCGCGCGCUGCACGCGCUCGCGCGCCACUGGCCCGACCUCUACCGCGCCGCCUGCCUGCCCGACCACCGCCCGCUCGUGCCCAACGCGGACUUCAUCAACUCCAAGCUCGCAGCCAAAGCCAAUAGACAACUACAAGACCCACUUGUGAUCAUGACCGGAAAUCUCCCCCCGUGGCUGAAGAAAAUCGCAUAUGCUUGUCCGUUCGUGUUCCCGUUCGAAUGCCGGCACCUGCUGUUCUACGUGGUGUCGUUCGACCGGGACCGCGCGCUGCAGCGGCUGCUGGAGGCGGGCGGCGAGCGGGGCGCGGGCGGCGCGGGCGCGGGGGGCGCGGACGCGGAGCGCGUGGCGCCGCGCCUCGACCGCCGCAAGCGCACCGUACAGCGCCACAACGUGCUGCGCCAGGCCGAGCACGUCAUGCACGAGUUCGCGCACUCCAAGGCGCUGCUCGAGAUCCAGUACGAGAACGAGGUCGGCACCGGCCUCGGGCCCACGCUCGAGUUCUACGCGCUCGUCUCGCAGGAGCUGCAGCGCGCCGACCUCGACCUCUGGCACGGCAGCGAGAACUUCAAGCAGAAGCCCACCUCGUUCGCCGGGGAGAUAGUCAAGAGCCAGCCGCCGGUGGUCACGGACCGGUCGGCGGACGCGGCCGCGCGGCUCGCCUCGUCGGUGCGCGACGCGCUCAACCUGGACGAGGAGCGCACGCCCGAGCCGUCCGACUUCGAGAAGGAGACGUCGAUCCCGUCGCCCGCGCCGGACGCCACCUACGUCACGUGGCCGUGCGGCCUGUUCCCGCAGGCGGUCGGCCGGAAUGCGCGCGCGUCGCAUCUCUCACGGGUCAAGGCUAAGUUCCGGUUUCUCGGGAAAUUUAUGGCCAAAGCUGUUAUGGAUUCCAGAAUGGUGGACAUACCGCUGUCGGUGGCGAUGUACCGGUGGGCGGUGAGCGAGCAGCACUGGCUGUCCCUGAGCGACGUGCGCAGCGUGGCGCCGGAGCUGUGGCGCUCGCUGUGUCGGCUGCAGCGCGUCGCCGAGCGAGCCAGGCACAUCGCCGCCGACCCGCGCUACACGCCUGACCAGAAGAACCAUAUGAUAAGUGCAUUGGAAUUGGACGGAUGUCCGAUCGAGGAGCUCGGCUUGGACUUCAUCCUGCCGGGCGACGGUUGUACGGAACUGAGGCGCGGCGGCCGCGACAUACCCGUCACCGCACACAAUCUACAAAAUUAUAUCUCUCUCGUUACACAUUGGCUUCUUUACGAAGGUGUCAGUAAGCAAAUGGCUGCUUUCAAGGAAGGAUUUGAAUCAGUAUUUCCUUUAGCCAAUCUCAAAAUAUUCUAUCCUGAAGAAUUAGAGCAGGUCUUCUGUGGAAGUCCAUCUGGUGGUCGAGAUCAGCGAUGGGAGCCACGUAUGCUGGCGGAAUGCAUCCGACCCGACCACGGGUACAACGCAGAGUCGCGGGCCAUUCGUAUGCUCAUCGACAUACUAGCUUCUUACACUCGCGAGGAACAGCGACUCUUCCUUCAGUUCGUCACGGGCAGUCCACGGCUGCCCACUGGAGGUUUUAAGGCUCUGAAUCCGCCCCUCACUGUGGUGCGCAAGUCACUGGAGUCUUCGCUGGACCCGGAUGAGUACCUGCCGUCGGUGAUGACGUGCGUGAACUACCUCAAGUUGCCCGACUAUAGCAGCGGCGAGGUGAUGCGCGCCAAGCUGCGCCUCGCCGCCUCUGAGGGGCAACACUCGUUCCACCUCUCGUGAACACAUCGCUAUGUACCCUGCCACUGUGAUUAUCAGCCCCUCACUUCUUGUAUACAUGUGUGAAUGCGGUUAGUGAUAAAUAUAAUAUUUGUGUUAUAUUAGCCGGCCCGCUCCGGACUAAUGUUAUUAAUGUGCAAUCAGAGUGAUUUAUUUACAUUAUAUGACGGACACUCCCAAGUGCUGUGCGUUCAAUUUUUUGUUUCUUUGGAUUCUUUUUAGAUAAUCAAUAUGUUCAUAACUAUAUUUUGUGUUAAUUUAAUGUGAUAGCACUGUAUAUUACUUUGUUAGUUUAGACUCUCAGUGGGAUAACAAUAAAAGUGUGACGGAAUAAUUUCUGCAAGACAUUUGAAGACGCUACACAUAUAUACAUUGUGUCAAAUUGCCCCUAUAUAAUACAUUAUAUUCAUCAUCUCGUCGUCGUCGUCAUCGCAAUAAUACUAUAUAGUUUUGAAGGAUGAUUACUGUAAAUCUUAUAUGAGAGUCCUAUAAAAAAUAUAUAAUAGCAUUUAUUACCAAAUGGUGUAUGUUUUGAGUAACAUUUAAGUAUCAUUAAUGAUUAAAGAAAAAGUGCAAAAUUUAAUAUGUAACAAUUUCAAUAAAACCAUGUAAACAAUAUUGAUCAAUUUUGCGUUUCAUUUCAUGGAGCCGAUCCUCAUAAUGGUACUAAUGUUGCUCCUGCCACUAUGAUUGUGUCCAACCAACAUUCACUUUUAACCUGCAGAACCAAAUUUCUAAUUAAAAUUAGGACUCCUUGUAAGUUUUUUAGAGUGUAGUUGUCAUAUUAUAUAAUUAAAAGUGCAUAUUUAC